AUGAGCCUCAAUAACCCAUCAUCAGGACCCUCGGGGCCCGGGUCUGUCGCUGCGCGAAACCAAGGCCUGAAGCGGAGUGUCCAGGCUGCGUUUGACGACCCAGUAGAUCGCGGACAGGAGCGUUAUCAGAGCAAAGUUCGAGUCAUGGACAAGUACAAGGUUGUCGGCUUUAUCAGUAGUGGAACAUAUGGCCGCGUCUACAAAGCCCUUGGUCGCCAGGGUCAGCCUGGAGAGUUUGCCAUUAAAAAGUUCAAGCCGGACAAGGAGGGUGAACAGAUUCAGUACACGGGCAUUUCCCAAUCAGCCAUCAGAGAAAUGGCCCUUUGCUCGGAGCUUAACAAUGCCAAUGUUAUUCGCUUGGUCGAAAUCAUCCUUGAAGAUAAAUGCAUUUUCAUGGUAUUCGAAUAUGCCGAGCAUGACUUGCUACAAAUCAUUCACCAUCACACGCAGAACCCAAGGCAUCCUAUACCUCCUGCGACCGUCAAGAGUAUCAUGUUUCAGUUAUUAAACGGCUGCCAGUAUCUCCACAGCAAUUGGGUCCUUCAUCGAGACUUGAAACCCGCAAAUAUCAUGGUCACAUCGGCAGGUCAGGUCAAGAUUGGAGAUCUUGGUCUCGCAAGACUCUUUUGGAAGCCUCUUCACUCGCUAUUCAGUGGAGACAAGGUUGUCGUCACAAUAUGGUACCGCGCACCCGAACUUCUACUUGGCAGUCGACAUUACACACCAGCCAUUGACAUGUGGGCAGUUGGCUGCAUUUUCGCUGAACUCUUGUCCUUGCGGCCAAUUUUUAAAGGGGAGGAGGCCAAGAUGGAUUCGAAAAAGACGGUUCCCUUUCAACGGAAUCAGAUGCAAAAGAUUGUUGACAUUAUGGGAUUGCCCACUAAAGAGCGCUGGCCUUUUCUCACGAGCAUGCCAGAGUAUUCGGCACUGAGUACUUUACAACCCCCCAUGCUCCAUCAUCACUCACAUCAUCAGAAUCGCAACACAUGCCAUUUGGAGAAAUGGUACUACAGCACAAUCGGUACACAUUCUUCCACAUCAUCACCGAACUCCAAUGCCGCCCUGUCUUCCCUCGGCGCUGAGGGUUACAAACUCUUGGCAGGGCUUUUGGAAUACGACCCAGAGAAGCGACUGACUGCUCAGCAAGCACUUACCCAUCCCUUCUUUUCAACGGGAGAUAAAGUGACCAAUAGCUGCUUUGAAGGAAUCAAAGCUUCGUACCCUAUGCGCAGAGUCAGCCAGGAUGAUAACGACAUUCGAACUUCGUCGUUGCCUGGGACAAAGCGCAGUGGCUUGCCAGAUGACACGCUCAUCCGGCCAGUCAAAAGAGUCAAGGAGGGUUAA